GAUUUCACUGCAGCAGGAGUUAAUAAUAAAAAACCUUCAAUCACAUAUAACUGUGGUGGGAUGGUGUUUCUGACAGGAUCUCCAACAGGUCAAACACCGCACAUGCAGCAGGAGUGCGUGCUGCUAGAAUCGACAAGGACCCUGACAUGAAAUGUUUUGGGAGUCUGUCUUUCUAUUGGCUGACGGGACUCGGUGACCAGGGGGGUUUCUGGGCGUGGUACGGAGAAAGAGUCGGGGGGCCACCAUGUCCACCAUGUCCCCCCCACAACCCCACAUCAAGUGUUCCUACUACCAUAUGAAGAUGGACGCGAAUGGAUAGCGUUGGGAUCAACAUGGCGGAGUUUAUUUCAACUCGUUGCGGAUACAUUAUUCACCUCCCGUAACUUCGCAGUGUGAUUCUGGUCCCGCUCGGUUUGGAUCAGUUUUUAUUCUAAAGACAAAUUAGUAAUGUGUGUUCACUUGGGGUGAAGGGGAGAGAAGGAAGGAGCCAUGGUGGAGCCGAAAGAUUUAAUUCAUGAAGAGGUCUGAGACGGUCCUGGAUUCUGCUUUAGAGGAGAGAGGACCCAAACUUUCAUCUGAGCAGGGCCAACAAUAACGACAUGCUUCUGGCCUCGGCCGUGGUGGUGUGGGAAUGGCUGAACGAACACGGGCGGUGGCGGCCCUACAGCCCCGCCGUCUCCCACCAGAUAGAGGCGGCCAUACGGGGCAGCGACCCCCGCGGAGGGAGCGUGGUCCUCGGCCAGGUGGACAACCGGCUCUCGCCAUACAUCAUAGACCUCCAGUCCAUGCACCAGUUCAGACAGGACACAGGAACCAUCCGUCCGGUACGAAGGAGUUUUUAUGACCCCGCUUCGGCCCCGGGUCAGGGCUGGCAGUGGGAGUGGGAAAACGAUGCAGGUUCAUGGACGCCCUAUGACAUGGAGGUGGCCAUUGCCAUUGAGAGUGCCCACAACCGCCAGCAGCCUUGCCUGGACCUGACACCACUUGGUUUCUGCUACCUCAUUGAUUUUCAAAACAUGACACAGGUAAACAGACAAAGCCAGAGGUGUCGGAGGACCCAGAGACGUGCUGAUAUGGCCUACCCUUUAGUGUCUGGUCCUCUCCCUGUACCCAAAGGCGGAGGUGUUGGAGUAGGUGGAGGGCUAACAGGAGCCUUGCUGGGUGUGGGAGUGUCAGGGGUCAGCAUGGGGAUUGGAAGCUCUGUCUACCCUAAUGGAGGCUUGUCAGCUCCUGGACUGGGUCAGCCCUGUUCCUGUCAGCAGUGCUUAUUGGUCCUUAGUGUGAAGACAAACACAGUAGGACCAAGGGGGGGGACAGCAGGGAUACAGACUCUUGGCAGACGCUCACUAACCAUGCAGCGGCCGAAGAACUUAGCACCCAUUGCAUCCAGACCUCUGAGUCCAUCUAAAUCAUUUACUCUGGGACGAGGACAGCAGCUGAACUCCAACUUCUACCAAACACUUCCGCACGGCCUCGCUAUCUCUAGAAACAUAGCCUCGCCAAGAAGGAACGCCCAGCUCUUCGCUCAGUCGCUGGCCGCCCUUACUGCUGGCACGUCCUCUCUGGGUGUCUCCUUGUCUUCCAACAGGCCACCUCCGCCAUCCCUCCCACCUCCUCAGCCUCCAUCAUCCAACCCAAGCCUGAACCCUCCGCCCAUUCCAGCCAAACACUCAUCAUCCACAGCCAAUGAUUCAGUGCCAACUGCCACAUUAAUAACCCCUGCUUGCAAGGUGACCACACCUCCUUCUCCAGUGCCAUCUCCGUCGCCAUUGGUAUUGAAUCCGCAGCGUACACCAUCGUCCGCAUCAACAGUGUGCCAUGCCCCGUUGCCACAGAGGUCAAGUUUAGCCGGGUUGAGCAGACCAGCGUUACAGAGGAUUGCAAUGGCCCAGUCCAGAGCGCUCAUAGCAUCAGGUGUGCCCACCGUCCCAGUGAAGAACCUCAACGGAUCCAGUCCUGUUCACCCUGCCCUUGCCGGGAUCACAGGAAUCUUGAUGAGUGCUGCCGCUCUGCCUGUGUGUCUGACCAGGCCUCCCAAACUUGUGCUGCAUCCUCCACCUGUCAGCAAGAGCGAAAUCAAACCAGUGCCAAGCUUUGGCCACUGCUGCAGGAAGACCACCAAGAAACAAGCUCGCAAGGGUAAAACCCCAGAGGAGGUGGUAAAGAAGUACCUGCAGAAAGUAAAAAGUGCACCAGAGGAGGACUGUACCAUUUGUAUGGAGCCUUUGGGGGGUCCAUCUGGGUACAAAGGUCCAGGGGUGGGGCACGUUACUAAGGCAGAGUCCGUUGGGCGACUGGCACAGUGUGGACAUCAGUACCAUUUCCAGUGUCUAGUGGCCAUGUAUAACAACGGGAACAAGGACGGCAGUCUUCAGUGUCCCACAUGUAAAACCAUCUACGGCGUAAAGACAGGCAACCAACCGGCAGGCAAGAUGGAGUACCACGUCAUCCCUCACUCUCUACCAGGACACCCUGACUGCAAAUCCAUACGCAUCAUCUACAACAUACCCCCGGGAAUUCAGGGACCAGAACAUCCCAACCCAGGGAAGCCCUUCACUGCCAGAGGCUUUCCCCGACACUGCUACCUCCCAGACAGCGAAAAAGGACGCCAGGUACUGAGACUGCUCCUGGUAGCGUGGGACCGCAGGUUGAUCUUCUCAGUUGGUACCUCAAGCACUACAGGAGAGUCUGACACCGUCAUCUGGAAUGAGGUCCACCAUAAGACAGAGUUUGGCUCCAAUCUGACAGGCCACGGCUUCCCUGACCCUGGACACCUCGACAACGUCCUGGAAGAGCUCCGGGCUCAGGGUAUCACAGAGGACGACGCACUGAUGGAAAAGUGAACGGACAAACGAGCAGCAGAGAAGGAGGAGACAUCAGUGAGAGAGCAGUGAAGGGUUAACGGGUGAAUGGGGAGAGAGCAGUGGGCCUCACCGUGAAAAUAAAUCGAGGAAAAAAGAGGAGAAACUGGACUGAGACUCUUCCAGCACUUAAACGGGGUGCGGGGGGACGUUUCAGGUUAUGGAAGACAUUGGGUUUGUUUUGCAGAGUUAACAACUUAUCUAGAUGUUGAUGGAGUCACUGUUGGAUUCGCUCGUCAGUGCGAGUCAGUUCAGACUUCACAGCUCUCGAGCAGGCACAUCAACACAAGUUGGAGUUUGUGGGAGCAACACCACAGAAAGAAAGCAAUGCAGAGGCACAGGUGGAUUCGAAAUAACACAGAGGAACAAGGGCUCUCAUGGUUUCAGGUACUACAUAGCGAGGUACUAAUGUGAGAAAGUAAGAAUGAACCAGAACUAAUAUUUAGGACAAAACAAGUUGACUUUACUGAGAAAAGAGAUACAUGAAAAGAUGGUUGGAAGUUAGAGCAGUUCAAUGAAAACUGGGAGGGAAAGGACAAAGGGAGGGAGAAGUUGGAGCAGUGGGGGAGGUAACUGAAGGAAGGAGAACAGGAGAAAUGUAGCAGAAAGAGACAAGAUGGUGUGUGAAUGUGGCAUAGGAUAGGAGUAGAGCAAAAUAACUUGUGUGGUACUAUUCAGGUACUCGAGCUUUUAAUAAAAACGCAUGGAAACCAAGAGCGAUGGAAGAAGGUCAGACAAAUCUAUGCUUUGUUCAAACCACCUGCCUGCUUAUGGCUGAAGUACAGAGCUGGUGCUCCCUCUGGCGGCGAUCCUUGUGAACUACACCUCCGCCUGCAAGCUACUGUAACGAAUCAAAACAAUACUUUUUAUUUUUUUUUCAUUGCUAUAAUCCUCAUGUAACAUCAUUCCAUGCAUUACCUCUUACUUAUGAGUUGGGUUUAUAUGACGUAAGCUGAGUUAAUGUACGUCUAUGUUGAAAAACACAAGACCAAACCAAGGCCUCGUCAUUUGGGCAUAUUUGGAGUCUUACUAUCGAGCCACUGUGGUACAAGUUAACCCUAAAUACACAGGUACCAGUAUUUACAUGUAUAUCUUUAUUUUAUUUUUGUCCCUUUUGAUGCUUCCUGUGGUUUCACUGGAUGUAGAUGGUGCUGUGUCUUAUCAACAGUGGGAAGCCAGGGAAGAUGUGAUGAAGAGGGUUGGGGGUUUCUGCCCAGAAUUAUGCACUGAAAAUUUGCUUCAAAGCCUCAGUGUUUAGUUCUUGUUUAAUGAGCUUCACUGUCAGACAGAUAAAGAGCCUGAUGCUGGUCUUACAGCCAGGAAGUCCCUCAGAGUGAGUGAGAGUUGGCGGCUGGAGAGGGUGGAGAGAUCGAGAGAGGAAGAGCUGAAGCUCCUGUGAUGAAACACGGUGCUGCUCAGGAGAAGAAAGUUUUAGAUGAAUGUAUCUUGGCCCUGGGUGAUACACAAAGGAUAUCUGUGGUUAACGCUGACUAGCAAGAAAUCACCAUCCACCAUCAAGUUAUCACCCAUGAAACUGAAGACCCACUGGUGGACCAGGACCUUGGCUCCUGUCAAAUUAUGUUAUUUUAAAGAUACCAUAUUUACAUGCUUUUCAAACCUCUCUUUAUAUUAAAUCUAAGACAUUUAGUGGAGAGUUAAGUGGAGAAAUCUUGAGUUAACAAAACGUUCAGAGUUGUGAAGUGGGAGGAAUUUGUUUCAGCUGCUCCUGGUUCCUGAGUCUCAGAUUUUUCCAAUUAACAAAGUUAAAUGACUCACUCCUCUAGGACUCGGAUGGGCACAGCGUUCUCCUGGUUUAAUCAUCAGUAUGAGAGAUCAAGAUCUAUGUUAGUAAAUAUCUGGUACUUUAUUAAAAGUCAAAAGGUACAAGCUUGUUUACAUAUCAACAAGGUACGAGAUCUAAUCACCCAAGAUAUAUUUCAGUCAGGUGAGCUGCUACGGGCAAUCCAAAUCAGGCCCGUGUGCAGCAUCAGAUCGUAUUUGACUGCGAUGAGCUGCUGAUGUCAGCCAGUAAGGGUUCAGUGCUGUGAGCCUGUAGAAGGUUUGAUAUAUUUUAGGUUAUUACUCUGGUGGUCAGUGGUUUUCAGGACAAAACAGGAAGAAAAGCCUAAUCUUGAGCCUGAGAAAAGAUUUUAAAUGUGGGGCCUUUAAUUUGUGAUUAAUCGGAAAAGUGAGCGACUUAUCUUAUCUCAGCAACAACGGUAGCUCUCCUGUCAUCUCCAUGCUGCCCAGCCUGUAAGUGUGUGUGUGGUGCGUGUGUGUGGAGGAGGAUUUGUGUACUGUGUAUACUACCAACAUGCUCCCAGGUUAGAGUAUUAUUUGGGUACGUGGGAAUCACAUCCUCCUUAAACUGUUUUGAUGAUUUAUGAUGCUUCUCCCUGUACUGUAACUUCUUUAUUGAUUUUUAAUAUUAAAUAUAGUAACAUGUUUAGCCUUUUAUUUACACUAUUAUAGAUUAUUUUGCCUUUUUAUAAUUUCCUACAUUUAUGUUAUAGUAAUAAUAAUGCUCUUUCAUUUGUUACAAUUGGUUUACAAAGACACUAUUGUUCUUGAUUUUAAUUGUGUACAGAAGUUAAGCAGGUUUUAAGCUGAGCUCUACUUUUCUUUGGAAAAGGAAUUUGAUGGUAGACUUUUAUCUGAGUGUGAAAUAUAAUGAUAUCACGUUGUCUGUGAGGUAGAGAAUCCUUCUGUUCCUCUACACAUCAUGUGUCCGGCUCCUGGUCUGCACUGAGUGUCUCUCUUACUGCAACUCCCAACAACAGUGAACCUGAUCUCAUGUCCUCUCUUUUAUCAUCAGUGAUUCAAGUGCAGGUCACAUGAUGGAACAGAUUAUUUUAAGAUCUCUAAAUGAAUGCCCUCUUGUUUUGUGGCAGUUUACUCUCUCUGUUGGCUCAAACACUGACUUUGUAUAAUUACAUAGUCACUUGCAUUGAUUUCAAUGUGACUUUGUGUUAUAGAAAUAAAGGGUUUGGUUUCUAAA